AAAUAAUUUCAUACUCAUAUUCUUCUAAUUGCAACCGCGCCAUCUCAUCAAUUGUGACAAUGUGUCUUUCAGAUUAAAUAGAUAAAUUCAUAUAAGUUCAUCUGUGAUUCAAUUUCAAUAUCUGAUUGAGAUACUACUUCUGAAGAAUUUUCUUCAACUUCAUCAGGGACUAUUAUUAGGACAACCUCAAAGAAUUUCAAUUUGUUAUUGAAAAAUAUAUAUUGAACCAAUUGAAGUGGAAAUGAAUACUUCCAAGAUUGAAAUAGAUGAUCAAAAGAAGUAUCAAAAGAUGUAUAACCUUAAAGAAUUUCAAAUUGUUGUUGAAAGAUGUGAUGAACAAUAUCAAAUGAUAAUGAAAGCCUCAAAAACUAAAAAAAAUAAUCUAAAGAAGUAUCAAAAGAUGUAUAACCUUAAAGAAUUUCAAAUUGUUGUUGAAAGAUGUGAUGAACAAUAUCAAAUCAUAACGAAAGCCACAAAAACUAAAAAAAAUAAUUUAAAGAAGUAUCAAAAGAUGUAUAACCUCAAAGAAUUUAAAAUUGUUGUUGAAAGAUGUGAUUAACAAUAUCAAUAAGAUUUAACAAUUAUAAACAAUAGGAUUUAAAGUUAAAUCGAAUCCUAUAAAUUACAUAAAAAAGCAUGAUAUCUUAUCAACUGCUAGUAUAUUCAUGCCAUACAUCACACAUUGUUGAAUGUUUAAGUAAAAAUCGCAAUCCUUGCAAGUUAAAAGUUGUAGACCCGGGGACAAGUAUAAACAAAUAUUAAAU